AUGGGCCGUCCUCGAUUGCACAAAACUCAAGAAGAGAGUACUGAAGCUGCACGCAUUUCCAGACGGAAAUACUAUCAGAGGAAUAAGGAACGAUGUAAUGCUGCUAAGCAGAGCUUACGCAAUUCACUCAAGAAGAGCAACACAGAUGAAGUAGUCAUGGGCCGUCCUCAAUUGCAUAAAACUCAAGAAGAGCGUACUGAAGCUGCACGCGCAUCCAGACGGCAAUACUAUCACAGGAAUAAGGAACGAAUUAUUGGUGCUAAGCAGAGUAUCCAGUCUGAACCUGUCCAGCUAGCCAAUGGUGCAGCUAUAAUUGGUGUCGAAGAUGUCGAGUCCAAGCUCAGGGCAUGCAUUCAGCUGGACAAACUGUCCGAUGAAUUGGUGAAUAACUUUGAACAUGGCCGACAAGCGGUUUUGGAUACCCUGUCUGAACGGCUUGAGACAUUGGGCCACAUUGAAGAGUAUCUACGUUACACAACCUCAGUUCAUCACGAUCGCGUUGAUGGCUUCGUGUGCCGGUGUAAACUCAUUGUUGCGGCUACUGAAGAACUAUGGUGCUAUGCAGCUAUGUCAGGGUGUCCCCCUUACCGACGUCAUGUAUGGAAUGCUCAGGAUGAGUUUCUCCAAGCCAACUCGGAUGAAUACUUUGAGCUCUUCAACGCUCGCGCAAGUCAAAGAGAUUUUAGCGAAUUCUUCAAUGAUAUUUUUUACCGGUGGUUCAGACUUUGGCCACCGGAGCGAGCUUUGUUCCCUGGCAUACCCACCAAUUCAACAUUGUCAGCAGACCAAGCACUUGCAGUAAUGGGCGCUGUGCGGAGGACUAAGCUGUGGAUUGUUCGAUACUUUCGGUGGGCUGAGAAAAAAUGGACCAAGGACCAAGAGGAGUUCCUUGCGAGUUACUUGACGCAAUAUCGGGCAUGUACCGUGUCCAGGAAGUACGCGAAUUUUAGUGCCGAGAUUGGCAUGAAGUUCUUCGAGUGUUGGCCUGAGCGGAAGGCUCUCUUCGGUGACCUGCCAGAUGACGAGGUUCUUACACCAGAACAAACCGUAGCUCUAGCACAAGCCGUUGCAGAGAGGAAAAAGCGGUUAAUCACCUGGUAUAGGUGGCAGACAAAUCCAUCGCGUCUGGGCCGUACAAGCGGUAUUAGGGGGGUGCUGAGGUUUGACACCGUGUUAGCUGGUGGUGUCGAGAUGAGAGGUACUCGUGCUCCCCAGAAAAUAGACCUAUACUCCCACAAGUUCUACGAAAAAAAGAUCAAACACGUAGCAGACAAGGCCAUUCACGAGCAGAACAUUACCGAGCGGGGCCCGAAGUUGAAUAAGCGUCGUGAUAUCAUUCGCCAGAUGUAUGUGGAGGAGAGCGAAGAAGUCAAAGCCAAGAUCGAGAGGAAGUAUUCUAAAACAAAGGCAAGGUAUGCGAAAACUCGUGCAAAUCUGAAAAAGGGGAAGGCGCCAAAAGUCGACGACAGUACUAAAACAAAGGCAAUUCGUGAACUGGGGCCCAUGCUGGAUCGUAUUCUUCAGUACCUCAGGCAUAUUACGGGUGGUUGGAAGUUCACCGUGUUGAUGGGGGGGCAUGAUCCAAGCACAGGCGAAGUGUCUGUAUUCAACUACCAUGUUGGGGAACUCGAGAGUGGCGCGCAGUUCAACCAGGCUUACAGUAACUUUGAUUCGAUGCAGAGCGCUUUCCUGAGCUUUGUCAAGGAUGCCACUGCAUUCGAAUCAGCAUUAUCCCACGAGGCAGAUAGUGCCAUAGACUCAGAUUCGGAUGAUGAAGACGAUGGAGAGACUUCAUCGGGCUCAGAGGACGGCGACGAUGGUGGUGUGCAUGAAAGUUCCAGAGGCUUAUAUAGGAUGCCUGCAUCAGACGGUUCUCUCACUGAUGCCAUGUUGGACUCCACUGCUGCAUCACCCAUCCGCGUCAACAGCCCGGGUGAUAAUGCGGAGCUUUCUGGAUAUGGACAGCAAACUAGGGACGCAGUUCUCGCUUUACAGGGUUACGUUUUGAACGACAGUGAUGCAUUACCCGCCAUGGGUGAUGCAUUACCAGCCAUGGGUGAUGCAUUACCAGCCAUGGGUGAUGCAUUGGUCCCUUCUGACGAACUCUUGGAUGCCGACCCAUCCGCUUUUGAUCCAUAUGCUUUCCUUGACCGUGCCCCCCUCGAGGUGAUAUUGGCCCUCAACUCUUUGGAGUUUCCGCUAUCCGGAGACGACUCCCAGAAUUCAACACACACUCCAGUUGAUGCGUCCACUGGGGCCCUCAAUUCCUUGGAGUUUUCACCAUCUGGAGACGUCUCCCAGCAUUUGGUACAUAGUCACACUCCAGUUGAUGCGUCUAUUGGCACUUCUUCUGACCUUUCACAUCCGGACACAAACUCCACCCCCCUGACACCCAUGACAGAACCCAGCCUCCCUGCAGUACCUUCGAUACCUAUGACGGAAGUUGUUCUCCCUGCGACGCCUUUUCCAGAUGUGUGUCUUCCUGCGGUGCCCGUCGUGGAUGGUCAGACCACCAGCCAAGACGAAGGUGUUGCGAGUGUUGCAACUCCAACUCAACGACAGCCUCGGCGAGUUGUCAGUGGUAAGCGCGGCCAUACUACAAUGGUUGACAAUAGUCAACCACCGGAUGCUGCUGCACCUGAGGGAACUCGUCUUCGUCGUAACCGUGUCGCAUUCAAUCCACGAGAGCGGGACAACGCAAUUGGUGACCCGACCCCACGCAAUGACCGCAAGCGCACUGAAGAUGGAGGAUUGCACAAGAGAGCGCGACGCUCAUGA